ACCAGUCUUGUCCUCAUUCACGGCCUCAACGGUGAUCCAAUCGAGACAUGGCGACAUCAGGACACCAAACAGGUCUGGCCCCAGGCGCUGUUGCCUGACGCUCGACCCAAGACCAGAGUGCUGUCUUAUGGUUACAAUGGUGAUAUCUACCUCAACAACUCUGCCGCCAAUAUUCGAGACAUGGCCAGAUCAAUUCUUUCCAACCUUGAUGCCGGCCGGAGAUCUGACCCUCAUCGUCCCAUCAUCUUUGUCGCCCACUGUCUGGGAGGUUUGAUCAUCAAACAAGCAUUGUGCUUUGCCCGCGCUGAGCGCCGGUUUCACAACAUUGGCGAUGCUACAAAGGCUGUGAAACAAGACUGGAAGCGCAUCGCUGAAAGUUAUUCCGUCCUUUCCCCCCGCAGGGGCUCCGUGGCACCCAUUGUCAAUGCCAUUACCACCUCUGCUCCCAGACUAGGCAAACUUUGCGACGACUUUGUUGAGCUUACAGAUCGCUAUCUCAUUGUGACAUGGUAUGAGACUGUGUUUUGGCCUGGGACAAAGAAGUGUAUCGUCGACCAAACCAGCGCUAGAAUGAUGGCAGGUGGCAACGAAGAGGCUAUGCCAGUGGAGGCUGAUCAUGUCAAUAUGUGCCGCUUUGCAGGGGGAGAUGAUCCAACGCUGCAGGAGCUGCUGAUGUUUGUUCAGAGAGCCCUUGGGAAGGAGGAGAGAAUGGUCCCUUUAGGACAAAUACCGAGUGGCGAGGUAUCCGACACUCAGGGACGCACCGCCAGGACUACAAUUCGGCAGCCCUACACCAUUUUCACGGAAACAGUGAGGGAGAGACACAUCAUGAUUGGCGCUGACCUCACUGGCCAGGUGCACAGCCAGCAGAGGAGUGUGACUGUGGAGAGUGGUGCUUCUGAGGCAAUGACGCUUGGCCGUGUCGAGGAGGUGGAGGAUGAUGACUCUAAUAGAGCCAAUCAUGCUCAAUCUCCAAGUCAAAUCGGGGCUCCUCCCGUCUCAGAGGCAGAGGAAAUGCCUUGGGGAGCAAAACUUGAUGCUUCUGACUCCGGCCGGGACUCGCGGAGGCCGAACUUCCUGAAGCGUUUUGCCGGCCGUCUGCGUUCGAAGCAGACCUUGAUCAGAUAG